AGGAAGGAUCUGUGAAGUAAAUGAAUAAGCCGAUGAACAAAUGAACCAUUGGCCUCUGGGGGGUGCUGUGGCCUGCCUGCCUGAAAACCAGCCCUUCUGCCCUUUGCAGCCUUCCCAGUGGCAGACCUGUAAGCUGGGGACCCUGGGGGCCAUGCAGAAGGCUGGGGCAGGAGGCCGCAGGGCCUCUGAUUGUGGGCCAGCCCCUCUUCGGCCCAGGUGCAUCACCAAGUUUGCCCAGUAUGUGGGCUCUUUCCCUGUGGAUGACCUGGACACACAAGAGAGCGUGUGGCUGGUGCAGCAGCAGCUGUGGGCACUGAAGGAUUGUCAACGUCGCCGGGCCGUCAUCCUGAAAUUCAGCCUUCAGGGAAUCAAGAUCUACAGCGGGGAGGGUGAGGUGCUCCUGAUGGCACAUGCCCUGAGGCGCAUGCUCUACUCCACCUGGUGCCCUGCCGACUGCCAGUUUGCCUUCAUUGCCCGAAACCCGCGGAGCCCACCCAGCAAGCUCUUCUGCCACCUGUUUGUGAGCAGCCAGCCUGGAGAGGUCCACAUCCUGCACCUGCUACUCUGCCGCUCCUUCCAGCUUGCUUACCUCUUGCAGCACCCUGAGGAGAGGGCACAGCCUGAGGCCUGCCCUAGGCCUUCAGGGGAUGUGCCCCAGAAGCCACUGUCCAGUCCUGGAGGCCCCUGUGGCCUGGUGCGGGAGCCCUUCAACCGUGAUCAGCUCUCACAAAAUGUCCAUGCACUGGUCUCCUUAAGGCGGCUGCCAGCAGAGGGGCCAUUGGGCAGUGGGAAGGAGCUACUAGAGUCAGAAGGCCGUGGGGGCACCCGCCAUGCCCGCCUGGGGAAUCCCUACUGCUCACCCACACUGGUGCGCAAGAAGGCCAUUCGAAGCAAGGUGAUCCGCUCAGGGGCCUACCGAGGCUGUACCUACGAGACUCAGCUGCAGCUGUCGGCGCGGGAGGCCUUUCCUGCUUCAUGGGAGGCAUGGCCCCGGGGUCCUGGUGGCCCCUCGUGCCUGGUGGAGAGUGAUGGCAGCCUGACAGAAAACGUCUGGGCCUUUGCUGGCGUCUCCAGGCCCUGUGCUCUCACCCUGCUGCGGAGAGACGUGCUCGGGGCCUUCCUGCUGUGGCCGGAGGGCGCCAGUGGCCAGUGGUGCCUUUCGGUACGCACACAGUGUGGCGUGGUACCCCACCAGGUCUUCCGGAAUCACCUGGGCCGCUACUGCAUGGAGCACCUGCCAGCAGAGUUCCCCAGCCUGGAGGCCCUGGUGGAGAACCACGCUGUGACUGAACGCAGCCUCUUCUGCCCUCUGGAUAUGGGCCGCCUGAACCCCACCUAUGAGGAGCAGGACUGUGGGCCUGAUGGCAGGCCACCCCGAACUCUCCGGCCCCUCGGCCAUGCCAAGUCUGAGGCAGAACUUCAGGGCCUGGGCUAGGAGGCCAGGGCCCACUCCCAUAGGCCCUGACCUGCCCUGGCCCUCAGCAGCCUCUGCCCUUCUCACACCCUACUGGUCACCAGUGCCAUUCAGUCGCCCUGCCCCUGGGAUCAGUCUUCCAUCGCUUCACUGCCUGUGGGAGGGGAGCCCUGAGCUUGGGGAUCACCAGUAGCUUCUCACAGAGCACGUGGCCCCCUGAGAUUCCAGGAGGAGCAGGCUUCCAAUUACUUGCUGGGUGACUUUAGAUGCUUGUCAUUUCUGGACCACUUUACUCCUAGGGUGGGAGCUUGUUGUGAUGAAGGUGCAGCCCUCUCCUGAGGAGGCCAGGCCUUGUGUCCUGGCUGGGAGUCUCCAGGGAGCUCCUGACAGAGGAAACCUGACAAGUGAGAGAGAAGGGCUGGGGGAGGCAGGAGUGAGUGCCAUAGACCUGGGGGUGAGCCACCCUCUCUGUGAGAGAGCAGGGGUGACUCUGUGGAGCGAGUGGGCAUGGAGGCUGGGCUGAGCCACAUCCUGGCAGACAGAGAACACCCUGUUUCUCCCAUGCAUCUGAAGGUGAAGGAGUCUCACCUUGAGCUCUAGGCAAUGGGGGGUUAGGAAGGUACAGAACGGGUAGGAGGGACGAAGAGUUGUGCCACCCAAAGCCCAUGCACAGGUGGAUACCUGUGUGCAAAAAGGGAUGUGGAUCAGCAGACAAGGCAGAGUCUCAGUGUGUUGCUCAGAAAGACUGGUUGUCUGUACUCAAGAUCAUAGCGCUGUGAUUCCUACUUUCUCAGAGGGAUGCCCCAGGCUCACCCCUUCCCUGCACCCUGUAAGAGUCACCAAGACACUCCCCACCUCAUUUCCUUUAUCCAUGUGCAGGGAGCCCAGACUUAGUGGGGUGACUAGGCCCUGCCCAAAUCUCUCACAACUGCAGGCCAUUUGGUGGUUGCCUUGGGAAGCUGCCUAAACAUGGUCUUGACCACUGCUUUCAGGGGUCACCUCAUCUCACCAGGCCAGCCCCAGUGGCGAUAGGGCCAGAGCAGAACCAUCCAAAGGUAGAACUGACGUGGGCCUUGCUGGAGGGGCUUGGCCUCAGGGGGCCAGGGGAGAUCCGUGGAAAUUAUUCUAGUCUCUAGUCUCUUGUCAGGUCGGUGACUGACAAAGGUGUUCCUCUUUGUAAGAAAUCUUGACAAGACAAAUAGGAAUCUACAAAAUAGAGUUACAGAACAAGUUCAUUUUGGAAGAACUUGCUGAGGCAGAGGGCUGCCUUCUUCCCCAUCUGAGAGAGGGAGAAGCAGUUCAGUGCCUUGAAGGGGAGAGAUUUCUGACUCCUAGAAGGAAGAGGGCAGUCCUUACAGAGCAGAAAGAACGGAGGCUAACCUGCAGGGUGAGAAGCCUCCCUGAGGCUUAGGCCUGGUGUUCCCAGCUGCCAUCUUCUAGCUGGGACAGGAUAUUGACUCAAGACCUUCUCACUUUCUCACAAGUCACUAAGAUAAUCCUGUUGCAGGGGACAGAGACAGAAGAAGGCUUUCCUUCAGGGCUCCUUUCAUGAGAAACCCAACACUGGUCAGAUAUUGAAUGAGAGUGAAGCUGGGGCUCCACUGCACAGACCUCUCCCCAGAAUCUGUCCUUUUCUUGGGCAAAGCCCUGGUCCCUAGUGGGAGAUACCAACAUCAUUCCCUUGGGAAAGAGAAGGGUUUAGUGAUAUCCCGUGGCUGGGAUUACAGUGCCAGAUGUGUGCAUGUAAGAAGAUGUGGUAAUUGGCCUAGACUGAGGCCAAGGCUCACUUCUGUGAGGGAAGGGUUUUAUAUGAAUUAUCUGUGUGGAGGUACCAGGGAAUGUCCACACUGAAGAGACCAGCCUUCCCAAGUACUUUAACAUUCCUUUAGACAGCAUUUAUUGAUCAUGUGUUACAAACAGGGUGAGGUUUUGGCCCGUGUUUGUGGCCUCCUUAAUAUCUUAAGCAGAGACCACAGUUUUUUCUUUGUCUCAACGCACCACCUCCAUAGCCCAUCUCUCCUUACUGUGUGGAUGUAAAACAAAUAAAAUUCAUUUCUUCAGAUUGGCACAGAAUUUUCUUUCCUUUGAAAGGCAAGGUCUUUAUGCAGUUUGCCUGCUUUGUUCUAUUUUGCCAAACAUACCUUCAGCUGUAAUCACAUGGCAGGUGAACCAGAGAUCCUGACCUCAAGGGCUCAACAUGUCCUGAAGGAUUGGCUGGGUAGAUUUACUCAAAUCAUGUUUCGUCUUCUGCUAUAAAUGUCAGUGAAUAUUUCCUAUAGGAAAAAAUAAACUUGAGUCCUGCUUCUCCAACAUGCCACAGGACCUUUGCACAGCCCACACAGCUUUCAUUGUACUCCUCCUCCCCUCCCUUCACCUUGUUAACUCUUCCACCAUCAUAUUGCAGCUCUGAUCAGCCUCA